AUGACGCCUCGAUUGACUGACGAAGAAACCCAGCGAGAAUUGAGAGAGUUGUUAGAGAAUGCGUGCAAUAACGAGUAUGAAGACACCGAUAUUUCUGAAGACAGGACAGGGCAACCAGAAAGACUUAGUAUUUCCUUGAUGGAGCAUCAGAAAGUUGGCCUUCAAUGGAUGAAAAAAAUGGAAGCGUCCAAGAAUAAAGGUGGAAUUCUGUGUGAUGAUAUGGGACUUGGAAAGACGGUUCAAGCAAUAUCGCUAAUAGCUGACAAUAAUGACGAACGAAUUAAGAUCAAGGCAACCUUGGUUAUCUGCCCUGUAUCUUUAAUCACACAAUGGGAAAAGGAAGUUCUUACAAAGACAGAUCCACCGUUAAAGGUCUACAUUUAUCAUGGUGCAGCCAGAGCAGCUUCUCAAGCAGAAUUGGCUGGUUAUGAUGUCAUUAUUACUUCUUAUAAUGUUGUUUCUGGAGAUUUUCCUAAAAAAGAAGCGAAAGAAACCCGCAAAGAGCAGAAAUUCAAACGAUCAUUGAACAAUCUGAAAUUCCACAGAAUUAUAUUGGACGAAGCUCAUACCAUUAAGAACCGGCGUACACGAAUGGCCGAAGCGUGUUAUUUGGUCGAAGCAACCUACCGCUGGUGUAUGACCGCCACCCCCAUACAAAACAAUGUCGAAGAGCUGUACUCUCUUAUCAAAUUCUUAAGAAUUCGUCCGUAUGAAGAAGCAAAGAAGUUUAAAGAAGAGAUCUCAAAGCCAUUGAAACGAGGAAGACAUGCUGAAGCUCUCAAGAGGAUUCAAAUCUUAUUAAAAGCUAUUUCUUUGAGACGCUCUAAAAAAGCCACUAUUAAUGGAACGCCAAUUCUUAAUCUUCCUGAACGCAAUGUGCAUAUGACACACAUUGACUUUUCGAGUAGUGAAAAAGAAUUUUAUGAAUACAUUAAUUCAAAAGCACAGGCUCGAUUCAACAAACUUGUUGCUGAAGGAACAGUUAUGAAGAACUAUUCUUCUGUGUUGGUACUUCUUUUACGUCUUCGUCAAGCAUGUCUUCACCCAAAAUUGACAUUAGAAGAUGGCCCAGACAACAAAGAAUUGGAAGAACAUAUGAGUAUGAUUGUGAAGGAAAUGCGGCCUACAGUUAUCAACCGACUUUUGGAGAAUGAGUCUAAUCUUAUUGAGAUUAUGUGUCCUAUCUGCCUAGAUACUCCCGAUCAAGCUCAAAUUAUCUCAAGUUGUGGUCAUAUCCUAUGCCGUGAAUGUCUUUACAGUAAGAAUACCAAUUUAUUAAACACUACUGAAGGUGCAAUGAAGAAAUGCCCAGAGUGUCGUGGUCAGCUUGUGAAGGACGAUGUUGUUACAGUCGAUCGAUUCCUCAAGGAACAUGCGCCCGAAAAAUACGAGGAGUUGCUCAAGGAUGGAUUUAGUGAAGAGACUCAGCAGAAGGUUCAGGACAUGAUGAUGAGCUCAAAGAUCGGCAAGAUGAUUGAAAUCUUGAAACAGACCAAGAAAGAUACCAGAGGAAAGGAUAAGACGAUCGUGUUCUCUCAAUUCACAAGCAUGCUGGACACACUCGAAGAGCCAUUGGAACAGAACAACUUCAAAUAUGUGAGAUAUGAUGGAGGCAUGAAUGUACGAAAGCGCGCCGAGAUUUUGGAGAGAUUUACAGAAGAUCCAAAGAUCACUGUGCUUCUUAUUUCAACAAAGUGUGGAUCACUUGGUUUAAAUCUUAUGGAUAUUUGGUGGAAUCCUGCAUUAGAAAACCAAGCUAUUGAUCGUGUUCAUCGUAUUGGUCAAACCAAAAAUGUCGAGGUUCAUCGUAUCUUUAUUAACGGAACUAUUGAAGAUCGUAUUCUUCAGUUGCAAAAAUCAAAACAAUCGCUUGUCGAUGGAGCUUUAGGCGAAGGUACAGGACAGAAAUUGGGUCGAUUGGGACUAGAAGAUAUGAUGUACUUGUUCCGCGAUGGUCGUAUACCGCCAUCAAUGGGAGGAACUCCUGAUUUCAUCCUUCCUGCUACCGCUUCCGGAUCCGGCUCCGGCUCAGGUUCUGGUUCUGGUUCUGGUUCUGGUUCUUCCUUGGCUUCUUCUUCUAAUAAUCCUCAAUAA